GGCAACAUUCACAUAACAGAGCAAGAGGGACUAGGAAAAGAUAGAUGGAUACAAGACAUUUUGUGUUGGUUCAUGGAGCUUGUCAUGGAGCAUGGUGUUGGUACAAGAUUGUUACUCUAUUGAAAUCUGUUGGACACAAAGUCACAACACUAGACAUGGCUGCUUGUGGAAUCAAUCCAAAGCAAGUGCAUGAGCUAAAUUCUCUUGCAGAUUAUUAUGAGCCGUUGAUUGAAUUUCUAAAAUCAUUGCCACAUGAUGAGAGAGUAAUCCUAGUGGCUCAUAGCUUUGGUGGGACAUGCAUAACUAUGGCUAUGGAACUUUUUCCUAAGAAAAUUGCAGCUGCUGUAUUUGUUACAGCUUUCAUGCAUUCUCCUGACCUAAGUUUCUUGACUAUUCUCCAAGAGUAUAAUCAAAGUUUGGAUUCCAUCUUGGACAAUAAGAUUAUGUUUGAUGAUAGCCCAAAAGAUAAACCAAAUGGAUCCAUGUUAUUUGGACCACAAUUCUUAGCAACCAAGUUGUAUCAACUAUCUCCACCUGAGGACUUGUCCCUUGCAAUGUCAUUAAUAAGGCCUGUACGUAGCUUAGGUGAUCAAGAAAAAUUACAAGAGGAAACAAGAGUCACAAAAGACAGCUAUGGAACUGUUGCCAAAGUUUACAUUGUAUGCCAACAAGACAAUAUACUAAAGCAUGAUUUUCAACUAUCAAUGAUCGAACGUAUUCCUACUAAUGAUGUUAAAGUGAUUGUUGAUGCUGAUCACAUGCCUAUGUUCUCUAAACCUAAAGAGCUUUUUGCAUAUCUUCAAGAAAUUGCUGAGACAUAUUAUUAGCAACUUAAAAUGUUUGUUGAUUUGAAUUUAGAAAUCAUAUUGCUGAUGAUUAUGAAGAAUAAAUAUCAAAUAGGUCACUCACGAGAUUCAAUAAUGAAAAAGAAAAAACUUAAUUUCGUCUCUGAACUAUAAUUUUCUUUUUAUAUUAGUCUUUGGAAUCUCUAGAUUGUUUUUUUUUUUUUUUUUUACAAAAGAAUCUCUAGAUUGUUAAAACUUAUCUGAUACAUCUGUUUAGGUCAUCCGUCAAUUUGAAGUGUUUUGUACGUAGGGCAUUAACUUCCGGUAGAGGAGGUGCAUAAAUGAAAAUUAAUUGCUAAAUAACUAAAUUCGGAGGAAAAAAAUUCAAUACAAUAUUUUUCUCAAAUUUACCUCAAAUACUCAAACAUUUGAGAAAUUAACUUCUCCGUCUAAUCCAAUAUAUUCUUCAUUCAAAAAAGAAAGAAUUCUAAUUGCAGUCAAGCUCUCAUGAUUAGAAAAAACCGCCAAUAAAUGGUUGAAAAACUCUAAGCAUGAUGUCCCAAUGCUUUGCUACAAAGCAGAGCAUUAUUAGGAAUAUAUUCAUUUAUUGCGGUGCGUUGCGCGUUUGAAGAGUUGUCGUUUUCUGGAGAGGUAUGUAUCCUACUUCCCAUUAUGCUUUGUGAGUUUUGUUCAUUUGAAAGCUUUGCUGUAAAAUUGCGAUUUUUGGUUGAUAGACGAAAUGACAAAGCCAUUGAAAACUUACACACAUAAAGUGGAGUGAAAAUUAUUGUCAUAUUCAAGGAU